GCCACAAUAAUAAAAGGGGGCCGAGAGACUGGUUUGCCAGCAAUAUCAGCUCGAUAAUCAAACCAAAACAAACAACAAAGCAAAACAAGCUCUACGAACACUUUCAAGUGACAAGGGAAACGUCCCAGUAAUACAAUUUCCAAGGGACAGUGAAGUGUGAUACAAUUGUCUAAAUUUAACGUGCGAGAUAAAACUGAGAAAACUUUUGGCAGUCGAUUGAACAACAAAAAAUAUAUAGUAUAUAGAAACAGGCGAUGUCAUUGGAGGAUCUCAAGACCAAGUUGCGCCGUCAUCCGAAGAUUUUGGGCGGGAUUGGCCUGCUGACUGCUGCUGGAUUCUUGCUUUACGAGGCGCCACAGGUUCGCCGCUUCCUUGCUCAGUAUGUGGACAAGAAAUCCCCGGAGCCGGACAAGCGACGCGCCGAGUACAUCUACAUAAAAUACCACAUCUACCGUGAGUCCAUGCGCAAGCUGAAGCAGAAGCAGGAGGACGACAAGAAGUGGAUCAGCGUUAUCAUCAAUCCGAUCGGAAAGUGGUGGAAGGCAGCCAAGCACUCGGUGGCCUGGCGGCUGCUCAACAUCGCCCAAAAUGGCAGUCAACCGGAGCGGCUCAAAGCGGUUCAACAGCUUAUCUGCAUGGAUCACCUCAAGGAUUGGGACUUCCGACACCUGGCGCAAAUCUGUGAUGCCCGUACGGCCGUUUCCUUAGCACGCUGCGGAGCGGACACCCGCUGGUUCAUGCCCGUCCACCGACGCGGAUGCAUCAAGAACCCCAAACUGCUCCUCUCUGAGCUGCAUGUGAUGCUGGCCCGACUGCGCCCCAUGUCCUGCGUAGACCAUUUCUUCAGCAAAUACUUCCCCGAACAGGAUCCGAUCGAGGACAUCCACGAAUACUUGACCCAGGAACAGACUAUAGUGCUUUCUUCAGCUGACACAGACCUCCUUAAGGAAAUCAUCUCAUUCCUACAUCACAUUAGCAAGGAUCCCCAGGUUUCCGCCAAUAUUAUUAAAGACGGUGGCCUCGUACACCUUAUGGAACUGCGAAAAAUAUUUAGCGAUGAUAACGAGACUUUAUCCACUUUGUGUAAGGUGCUGGCCAAUAUGUCGGUGGUGCCCGAUGCUGUGGAGCAUUUCUUCUCCUCUGGAUGGGUUGGUGCCUUGGCCGAAUGGCAGCAAUGCCCAGAUCUUCGACUACAAGUGAUUUCAGCAAAGACGAUGGCAAACUUGGACCACGACGAUCCCAACCAGUGCACAUAUCCGCCGAAUGUUUAUCCGUUGCAUCCGAGAGUACGCACUCGCAGGAAGCCCAAGGCAGACAUUGUUUUCGUCCACGGACUGUUGGGUGGCGUUUUUAUUACAUGGCGCCAGCGAGAUAGGAAGCCGACGGAGCUGGGGCUUUACGGGAAGAAUGCUUUCUACACCAGCGAAACGGACGAUGUUUUCCUAGUGGGUGAGCAGAAGCGUGGCAACGGAAGCAAGCAUCGAAAGGAGCAGGGCAAGCUGGUUCCAAGCCAAGCCACCGAGGUGUCGAAAACUAGCAAUGGCACGUCCAAGACUGAAACAAUUAAAGAUCAAGUUUUAAAAACCAGCAAGAAGGUGGAGGAGCAACGCCUGAGCAUAAGCGAUACGGCUACUAUGGAGUUUGUAGAGACACUUCGAAACGAGGCUGAACUGGAUUCGGACUGGGAAGUAGUUCAUCCCGAUAUUCCACUGACAGCGAACGAGAAUUGCAUUGGAAAGUUCAGUGUGUCCGGGAACGAGUGGCGUAAUCAGGAUACCAGUGAGGAGUACACGAACUGUUGGCCGAUGGAGUGGCUUCCGGACGAUUACCCAGAUUCGAGAAUCAUAGGAAUAGAUUAUACUUCAGCUGUCACCGAGUGGUCGGCCAACUUUACAAAGUACUGCCCGUGUGAGAAGGGCCAGGGGCACAUUGAUGUACGAGCCGGGACAUUAAUGGAACGCAUCGCUGCCGCAGAUGUGGGUAAUCAGCGUCCCAUCGUCUGGAUAGGACAUUCCAUGGGCGGCCUACUCACAAAACUGAUUCUGCUGAAAUCGUUGGACUCUCAGGACGAAAAGGCGCAACAGCUAGCCAAGAACACAAAGGGAAUCGUAUUUCUCGGUACGCCGCACAGGGGCUCACCGAUUGCCAAGUGGAAGCAGCACAUGCAGAUGAUCCUCUCGCCCUCUAUUGAAGUAAAGGAGAUGGAGGAGAACUCACCGAAGCUGCUCGAAAUGCACCGCCGCUUUAUGGGGUGCCUGCACACUUUCCUGAAACACGUAAAGGUUGUGAGCGUAGCCGAAGGAUCGCCUACAAUGCUAACCACCUUCAAAUUCCCACUACGCAUCGUUACGGAGGAAUCCUCUAGGAUAGAUUUCGGGGACUUCUAUCUGCUGAAGGACGACCACUUAAGCCUAUCGAAACCGAUCUACAGACAAUCCUUCCUUUAUCAGAGGCUGUUGCACGUUAUCCGCGAUGCUGUGAGGGAGAGAUCGGAGCCCAAGGAUCAGGACGGACAGUCGCAGGCUAGUCCGAUACAGGAAGUAAUCAUUACGAAAAUCGUAGCCGUUCUACUAAAAGGAGCCCAGGGUUUGUUCGAGACGCUGCCAAGAGUCGCACUGAGAUUUACUUCUUAAGGGGGUCACUCAAAAGUACCCCGUUUUUGCACGCCAGUACCUUAAUAGUAUCCUAUCCCGCUUAGGUUAUAAAGACUUUGUAAAGUAUUUUCCGCGCCGAAACCCAUCUCAAAUCAUAACCUGAUUCUUGUAAAUACUCUCGCAUACCAUAUAGUUGCUUAAAAAAUUAUAAAUUAUUUCCGUCAGCAAACGACGAUAAAAUAAAGGAUUUACAAUCGAAA